AUGUUCUGGAGAUUCGGACUUGGUGCUACUUCCGCCAUCGAUGGUCUACUUGAAAAGGAAGAUCGGACGCUUGAAGAAUUACUGGACGAAGAUGAUUUGCUUCAAGAGUGCAAGGCACAUAACCAGAAAUUAAUUGAAUACUUGCGAGGGCCAAAUGUGCUUUCUCAACUGUUCAAUUAUAUCACUCGUGACGAUUUGGAUGACAAACAGAAUUUUAAAUAUCCUUAUAUUGCUUGUGAAGUAUUAUGCUGCGAAAUCUGGGAAAUUUGUGAAGCAAUAAUCGAAAAUAUUGAUCUGCUUGCAUCAUUCUGGCAACUGCUGGAUCGGCCCCCGUCAUUGAAUCCGUUGCAAGCGAGUUAUUUUAUGAAAGUGAAUGUGAUACUUUUGCAGAGAAAGACAAGUGAGAUGGUGAAAUUCAUAGAGUCAAUUCCUGGUGUAGUACAGAGUAUGCUUUCUCAUAUGGAAACAUCUGCUAUUAUGGACUUGUUACUAAAACUCAUCAGCAUGGAGGAAUAUUCGGAAGGGGCAGGCGUUGUGGACUGGUUGAAUUCAGAAGGCUUAAUUGAAUUACUCAUUUCCAAGUUAGAUCCCAAUCUCGACUCAGAGACACACUCGACAACCGCGCAGGUUCUGAUUGAUAUAAUUACGCUGUCGCAGUCGACCAAUCCUGAGCAAGGCGGAAUUGGACCCAACGCGCUCAGUCAAAAAUUAAUCAGUGAGCAAACAGUCUCUAAACUUGUAGACUAUAUGCUAGAUCCGGAAGCACCAAACUCAACGUCGACACUGACGAAUGGUGUAAGCAUCUUUCUACAGAUCAUUCAAAAGAAUAAUUGCGAUUAUGAAGAGCGUUCACCGUCCUUGGCUCCACAUCAGCCACAACCAUACCCCGUUGUGGACCUGAGUGAUAUGUUACGAGUAUUUGCUAAUCGAAUAGGCGAUUUCAAGGCUUUGUUGGAGAAACCAAAAUCAGUGACCGCCGAAAUUGAAACAACAAUAGGCAGAAUGAUUCCUUUGGGUUCCGAACGUUUUCGAAUAUGCGAACUCUUCGCUGAGCUUCUGCACUGUUCCAACAUGCACCCACUUAAUGCUGGUCGAACUAAAUUACCUAGGACCAACGGCUAUUAUGAACUGAAACCCAUAGAGGAUUACAAUGAUUACGGUCAAUCUUCCAUGUCUUUUAUUCCUGCGGACCAGCCUGUCCAACCAACUCCAUACACUAUUCAAUCUCAAGAAACAGGCAAUACGACCGAUGAAACCGCCAAACCUGAUUUGAAUGAAGGCAAAGAUGUAAAAGAAGAACAAUUACAAAAUGCGGAUACUAUACCGAUUCUUUCAACUGGAAAUACUUCUACCCAUCAAACACAAGAGCAGGUCAAGGUUGAUGUUGUCGUUGUUGAAGAUAAUGAAGUUAAAGAUGUCUUUUCACCAAUGGAAAUUGUCGAGCAAGAGCAGAAAGAAAAUAUUGAUGUGACGAAGAGUCAGAGUGCUGAUGAUCUGGCAUCGAAUGGCUCUAUAGAUGCUGUUAGCAAAUUACCCGUUGGUGAUAUGUUGAAGGCUAAGUUCAUUGAGCACAGGAUUAUACCGACAUGUCUGGAUCUUUUCUUUAAUUUCAAAUGGAACAAUUUCCUUCAUACAGUGGUCUAUGAUAUGAUUGCUCAGAUAUUCAAUGGUCGGAUGGAUGUUGGCUAUAACAAAGAAUUGGCCAUUUCGGUCUUUACAGAUGGUCAAUUGACUAAAAGGAUCACAAAAGCUCAGCGAUUAAACGAUUUUGAAGUCGAACAACCUAAAGGCGUUCGACUGGGCUAUAUGGGACAUUUGACGUUUAUCUCCGAGGAAGUUAAAAAACUCAUUGAAAGAUUUGGCAUGGAAGUCGGUGAUCAAAUCAGAGAAUAUUUUGAAGCUGAAGACUGGCAGGAAUAUGUUGCAAAAACACUUCGGGAAACUUUGGAGCGUGAUCGUCAACCACUUGGGGGCCAACGGCCCAGUAAUCAUGAUAGCUUAUCUCCUAGUCGAGAAAAGGAUUCCUGGAACGUCGAAAUUACUGGAUUGAUGGCCGAAAGAUUUGCUAUUUAUUUGUGUCAACAGAUUACAAGCGAAUUACCAGACCAAAUUUCUGAUGACUCUGAAGAUUCUGAGGAUGAAGGAUGGAUGGGGAGUGAUGAAUUUGAUAAAGAGGGCGAGGUUGACAUAAGAGGCCCAUAUAUAAAUCCCGCUUUGGCAGAGCAUAUAUUCAAAAAUAGACAACCGCGGCAAGCGGCAAUCUCGGAUAAUAAACUUCUCACGGUGGCCGACUAUAGUGCCAAUUUCCAAUCCACUUACUCCAUUUCAGACUCGACUCCUCAAUCAAACGAGUCUAAUACAACCGAUAUUCCGAAAAUAGUGUUAAGCAAUGAUGAGAGUGGGAAGAAUGAUGCGGAUGAUGUGAAGGUGGCAAAUGAUGUUGAGACAGAGGGGGAGUUUACAGACUUUUCUAGUAUUGAGCAUAAGGAGAGCCAGAUUGAGCAGUUUUCAGUGGAUGGGACAAAAGAAAAUGUAGAUGCUGGAAAUCUGGAUCCGAAAGAAUAUCCUUUGGCCGAUACACCUACUCCUCCUGCUCUUAAAAGGUUCUGUUUUGAUCUCAACGGGCAACCAACGUAUUUCCGAGAGGAUGAAGAGUCAGAACAGGCUAUCGUCAAGUGUAAAAGAUUUCAUGGUGUCGAUAGUAGCAACGAGUUGCUAUACGAUAUUACGUAUCUACUCGGACAGAACGUUAACAACAGUAGUGGUAGCAGCAGUAAUAAUAUAGAUCUUCAGGAAGCACUGUAUAAUAUGCGAGCAACGGGUCCAACAACAGCGUCGAAUAGCCAAACAUUUCAUACUACUCCAGCUAUUGCUUUGCAAAUGCAUCAAUCGCCUCAAAAUAUCAAUACCCAAAUACAAAAGCUUGCUUCAACGUCAGAAUCUAAACCAACGACUACCACAACUACAACCACUAUGACAACGACCACAAGAAAACGGCCGGCGUCGCCAGCAGACAUUCUAGAUCUCACUUCAGCUAAUAAACGACUAUCUACAUAUGAAUCACGAAUUCCACGCGAUCAAACUCUUUCCCCGCCACACAAGAAACCAAGAGCAAAGCAAUCUUCCUCCCAAGACAUUGACAACGAGCUGGUCUCGGACGAUUCAUGGCAGGAUUUGGCCACGGAAUUCAGAAGAAAUUCACAAUCGUCAUCUGCCUCCAACUCAGGAGCAAUGUCACCGACUAAUGCCCAAUUCGAUUCUACUUCCGCUCUCAUACAGCCAACACCCAUGUCAUCUUCAUCUCGACACUUUACUUCUAUCACAACAUCAAAUCUUGGAAUGGACACUCCAUCAACAACAAGAAGCACCCACUCAUCAGCACUCCCAUCUCCAUCUUUAUCCCCCGUGACUGGUAUGUCUGCGUCUGGUAAUAACAAUCAAUUCGAUUCACUUUUUGCUCAAGCGGUUCCAAAUGAAGUCGACGUAGAUGAUACCCAAGACUCAACUGAUUCAAAGGCGCAAUGGCACAUGACGAAACCAUCAAUACCUCAUGUUCCAUCAUUGCUUGACCUUCCGACUAUGUUAGCAACGUUCGAUGCAUUACCGAGCACAAUGCAAUCUUACAUGCUAUUUCAUUUGCUUCGUCGAUGCCCAGCUAACACACUCCAAUACGUAAGCAAUAUCAUCCUUCCUGCUUUGCGCAAAGACUUUCUUGGAUUACUACCGCUCGAAUUAAGUCUUCAUAUUGUAAGAUAUCUUGAUGCACGUAGUAUGUGUCGGGCAGCAAUAGUCAGUAAACGGUGGAGGUCAGUCGUUGAUGGCGAUGGAUUUACCUGGAAACGUAGAUUGGAAGCCGAUGGAUACGUAUUAGAAGAAAGAGAAGAGGAACGCUGUAUUCGAGAGGGUUGGAGUGUUAUGUCUCCCAUAAGGUCAACAAACUAUAGGGGGAAAGCAGUAGACAGGACAAAUCAACAAAUACAAUUAGAAAGCAAAGAAAAGUCUGACGCUGACUGGGUCAAAGUCCAUAUGAAAUCGUCUGAAGAUGAAAAUGAUGACAGCGAUGUUGAUAUAAUGUCCCAAUCAUCCAUAUCUACUCUUCCAACGUCGACUGAGCGACCACGUAGCAUUUCCCUUGAUGCAGCUUCUUCUAAACUCCCACUCGAACCAUCUGCCAGACAUCCGUAUAAAGCAAUUUAUAGGAGACAUCACUUAAUUAGACAGAACUGGCGCCAUGGUAGAUACAAACAUAUUUCGUUUCCUGGUCACGGCAACAAUGUAGUUACUUGUCUACAGUUCGAUUCUGAGAAGAUAAUCUCCGGGUCGGAUGAUCAAUGUAUUAAUGUCUAUGAAACAGCCACUGGAAAAUUAAUAAAUCGUCUUGAAGGACAUGAUGGCGGUGUCUGGGCAUUACAGUAUGUUGGUAAUACUUUAGUUUCAGGGUCAACGGACAGAACAGUACGUGUAUGGGACAUCAAGCGCGGGGUAUGCACUCAUGUAUUUCCCGGGCAUACUAGUACUGUAAGAUGUUUGCAAAUAAUCAUGCCCCAGGCUACGAGCGAUUCUACUAUAGUCGAACCUCCCAUUCCUCUAAUAGUCACUGGCUCUCGCGACUCCACACUUCGUGUCUGGCGUCUACCCGAUACUACUAAUGAUACCCCGUUCGCACCAUCCAAUCCAUCAUCUCCUUCUGAUAGUAUGUCACUUCAGGACAAUCCAUAUUUUAUCCGUACACUUCAAGGACAUACGCACUCUGUUCGUGCUCUGGCUGGAGUAGGAAAUACUUUGGUCAGCGGGAGUUAUGAUUGCAGUGUGCGAGUGUGGAAUAUUAUGACUGGAGAGUGUUUAUGGAGACUUACUGCUCAUACACAGAAGGUGUAUUCGGUAGUAUUAGAUGCAAAAAGAAAUAGGUGCAUGAGCGGCAGUAUGGAUGGCACAGUGAAAGUAUGGAGUUUGGACGACGGAACUUGUGUUUGGUCUUUGGAAGGUCACUCGUCUCUUGUCGGCCUUCUUGAUUUGUCACAUGACUAUCUCGUCUCGGCAGCAGCAGACUCCAGUCUGCGCAUUUGGAAUCCGAAUGAUGGCACUUGCAAACACGUGUUAACUGCACACACUGGUGCAAUCACUUGCUUUCAGCAUGACGAGCACAAGGUCAUAUCUGGGUCUGACGGUACAUUAAAAAUGUGGGAUGUGAAGACAGGGAAAUUCGUUCGUGACUUGUUGACUGGGCUCAGUGGAGUUUGGCAAGUGAGAUUCGGUGAACGCAGGUGUGUGGCAGCUGUACAACGAAAUCAAGUCACAUUCUUCGAAGUAUUGGAUUUUGGUGUAUAUAAUGUUGAAGAAGAUAAUAACAUCACCGGAGAGAAUGGAGAAUGGAUUCCCAGAAGAACGACUGUUGGGGUUAACGAUGGAGAUGCUAGUAGUUGA